ACCGGUUGCGUGCCGUUUUGGAGCGUACACAAAAAUGUCCAUUGUCUUUAAUGAAGAGUUGUUGUUGUUUGAGUUGCUAGUGUUGUGAGAAAAGAUGCCAGAUCGUGAUAAAUGAAAAACGCAAAGAAGCCUGAAUCCUCGUCUUCAAGGAAGAAAACAAAGCCGGAAAACAAGGAUAAACAUCUGUAUGGCCUUUUCCAGAUUAACGAGGGACAGAUGUUUUCACAGACACCGAACUUAUGUUCUUCUGUUUCAGUUUUCUGUAGCGGUACAACAGCAGAAGAUCCAGCAUAGACAACCUGACGUUCUUAAUUGAUUCUCUUUGGUUGUGAGGACGGAUUUCAGGGAAGAAUCUGGGUUGGAGCAGGGAUGCAUCAAAGCAGCAGCAGCCUCAGAUUGGUUUGGUCCCCUCAUACCUGCACCAUCCUCAUGAGAACUGGUGAAGAGACAAGACAUCAGAAUCCUCAAGGUCCAGCAGGUGGUAGAUGCUGAAGAAGAGGUUCUCUGGAGCUCCACUCUGGACCAGCAGGAUCCAAGAACCAUGCAGAAGGAUCUCUGGAUCCAUCAGGCCAGAGAGGAUCUUCAUGAUCAGGAGGAGACUGAUUUCAGCAGCUUCCCAUUAACUGUUGUAACUGUGAAGAAGGAAGAUGAUGAAGAGGAACCUCAGCCUUCACAGCUUCAUCAAGUCAAAACUGAAGACAACAGAGAGACAGAACUUCCAACCAGCAGCUCAGACAAACCGAUGAAAGCAGAAACCGGUGGUGAACCUAAACCAUCCAAAGAGCUUGAUCCAAAUAAUCAUUCUCCCUUAAAUGUGGAUGAAAAGGAUUUAACAUCUUCUGAGACUGAAGUCAGUGAAGAUGAUGAAGAUGAUUGGCAGGAACCACUGACAGAUUCUGGACCUGAAACAGGAGACGGCGAUCCCGACUUGAAGGAAAAGAAAAUGAAACGUUUACGUGUCCACACGGAAGACAAACUGCUUCACUGUAAGGGCUGUGAUAAAACAUUCAAGUUUAAGUCUGAUCUGGAAAUACACAUGAUCGUCCACACGGGCGAGAAGCCUUUCAUCUGUGAGGUUUGUGGAAAAAGCUACACCCAAAAGGGAAAUCUUAAAAAACAUUCUGUUGUCCACAGAAAAGAUGAUCAGUUUAGUUGUGAGUAUUGUGGUAAACGCUGUACACAAAUGAAACGUCUUCAGGGACACAUCAGACUCCACCCCAAGUGUAACUUUUGUGAGAAAAGAUUUAGAUUUCAGUCGGAUCUAAACCGACACAUCAUCGUCCACACGGAUGAACAGCCCUUUGAAUGUAAUGUUUGUGGUGAAAGAUUUAAACAAAAAGAAUACCUAAAGAAACAUUUGAGUCUCCACACGGGGAACAAACGGCAUCAGUGUGAUUUCUGUGAGAUAAGAUUUAGAAACUUGUACGACUUGAGGAGACAUAUGAGAGUCCACACGGGCGAAAAGCCCUUCGGCUGUGAUGUUUGUGGUAAAAUAUUCACCCAAACCGAACAUCUCAAGCAGCAUUUGACCAUCCACUCAGGAAACAAGCCGUUCAGCUGUGAUCGUUGUGGCAAAAGCUUCAACCGGAAGUCCAAUCUUCAGGCACACGUGAAUAUCCACACAGGAGAGAAACCUUUCAGUUGUGACGUUUGUGGUUUAAGUUUUACUAGAAAGGCGUACGUUAAGAUACACAUGAGAGUGCACACGGGUGAGAAGCCAUUUGUCUGUGAAUGUUGUCAUAAAAGAUUUAUGCAAAGUUCUGAUCUGAAGAAACACAUGAAGUUCCACAAAGCAGAGAAAAAAGGGUGUUGUGAUCCAGUGAAAGUUCCACAUGAGACUCCAUGAUAUUUAAAAACACAUACAAAACAAAAUAUUUAGAACUCUGAAGAAUUACUGUUGUAACAAGGUGUUAUUAGUCUCUUUAUUAAACAAUGACUGCAUCUUCACAGCUGCUAGCGUAGCCGUCUUGCUUUAUUCUUUAGAUUUUUCCAGACAUACACGAUACUUUGCAUCAAUAUUUAUGUAUAAAAAAAGAAGACUUUUGUUUUUAGUUGAUCUUAAGAUUUUUUUUGUUUGAAGUCUUUAAGCGGGCUGGCCCCGUCUUAUCUCUCCGAUCUUUUAACUCCACAAGCUCCCUCCAGAUUGCUGAUAUCUGCUGACCGGUUGCUCCGUGUUGUCCCGGAGGUCCAGGCUGAAAGACCGCACCUGCCAUGGACAUUUUUAAAUCUCUUUAAAAGAUUUAUUUUUACACCCUAGCUUUUAAACCAGACUGCGUUUUGGCGUUUCUUGCUGAAUCAUAGUUUUGCGUUUGUCUUUUUAUUGUCUUUUCAUUUCCUUUAUGUUUGUUUUAUUGUUGUUUGGUGUUGUUUGGAGCUGCAGCUGUCUUGGACCACCAUGUUUACAACUUGGAGAUGCAGAUUUUUGUAGAUUUCUGGGUAGUGAUGGUGUGAUAAAGCUCUGUGGAUGUGU